CGGCGGCGCGCACGACGUGGAGGCUCCGCAACCGAUAACCCGUUUUCCUUAUGGUAAAGACGGCGCCUGGCUGAUGAGCAGAGCGGUGAGGACAGCGAGUGAGGCAGAGGCGCAGAGCUGGGGCGCAGAGGAUGAUGACAUGGCAGACGGCGAUUUAGGGUAUGGCCUUGGAAGAAGGCCUGGUGGUAUUUAUGAAGUACAAGUUUCACAUUUAUUGAAGUCUAGAAGAAGAUCAGAUGGAAAGAACUUUAGUCCUCCCCCACUUCCAGGAAAGGAGGAAGGGAGAAGUGAUGCCAUUUUUCAGUACCCCAAGCCUCGGAGCCUGCAAGACACAUACCCUGAAUCAUCCAGAAUUUCUCUGUGCAGCCGACAAAGUAGCAUUGAUUCCAGUUCAGAAUUGUCAAAUGUAGAAUUAAAGCAACAUCUUCACGAAACUUUAGAGGAGGUAGAAGUUUUAAAAACAGAACUUGAGGCAGUUCAAAGACAACUUGAAGGUAAAGAGGAAGCACUGAAAAUUCUUCAAAGUAUGGCAGUAUUUGAAAAGGCCACAAGUCAUACCCAGGUAGUGCUUCAAAAAACUGUGGAACAAAAGAAAUCCCUGGAGAAGGAAAUAAAUACCUUGCAGUGGAAAAUAGAAUUUGAUCAGAAUAGAUUUAAAAAUAUAGAGGAAUCUUGGACCCAAAAAUAUGACAGGCUAAACUGUGAGAAUGCAGUCCUCAAAGAAACUUUGAAACUGAAAACAGAAGAAGUUAAAAUGCUAAUGUCUAAAAAUGCAAUUUUAAAUCAACAGUAUUUGGAGGCUCUUGCCAUGCUUGAUAUCAAACAGCAGAAGAUGGUUCAGGAAAACACGUGCCAGGAUAAUAGUGGCUUCACAGAGGUUUCAGGUCUUGAGCUUGCAGUCCUUGGCGCCUGCCUUUGUCCUGGUCCCAGAGGGAGGCCCUGUUCCUGUGCCAAAAUGGCAGCAUCCACUCGAAAGAUGCUUCUUCAGCUCAAACAAGAGUUGGAACUUUUGCAGAGGAGUAAAGAAGAAGCUUACAUAAUGGCUGAUGCAUUCAGAAUUGCAUUUGAGCAACAAUUAAUGAGGAAAAAUGACCAGGCACUCAGAUUGACACAAAUGGAUAACAUGUGUAAAAAAGCAACAAAACGGAUAAGUUGGAAGCACCUUAAAGAGGAUGAAUUGCCACCACAAAGGAGUAAAAACACGUUAAGACAGAAAUUGUUGGGUAUACUUCCUUCAGAUUACAGUUCUAAGAAGACUGAAGAUGAUGAUAACCCUCCAGAAGUCUUUAAGAUGCUAAUAGACUUGUUAAAUGAUAAAGAAGAAGCUCUGGCUCAUCAAAGAAAAGUUAGCUACAUGCUUGCUCGGGCACUGGAAAACAAAGAGAUGUCCUCAAAAGAGAAUAAAGAAAAAAACUCUCUAAGAGACAUUUUUCCAUUAAAACCCCGUCAGAAUACUUCAAAACUCUCUGUUUUAUGUGAUCCUGUUCAUUCAAGUCUUCAAAGUUUUAAUUCUGUGAGCUGUAUUUGUUCCAUCCAGCACCUUCAUACAGAUCAAAACUACAAGAGAACUCUUAAAAGAUCCUGUUCUUUACCUUCAAGUAUCAUGCUUUGAAGUUAAACCAGCUGAAAUUAGUGCGAGCUUAUUUAUAUCACGAGACUUUUAAAAAGGAUUGCACAGAUUUUGCUACAUCCUGACUAGCUGGGUGUUUUCCAGUAUUUCUACAUUUUAGGAGGCAACUUAAACAUUUAUGUUGUCUGUAAGAAAUUUAGUAGUAUUUGGUAUUCAUGUAUUUUAUUUAUAGAUUGUAUUACUAUAAUGAAGUUGUCAGUAUUUGCCACUAUCUUAAAAGAGUAAUUUUGAGAAAAACAAGAAAUUGAUUAUUUAACUACUUAGGAAUCUCUGACUAUAGGGAGCUCUGGCUAAAACAAUAUAAUGGACACUAGUGCUCUACAAACUAAGAAUGACAGAAGUGACUGUCAAUGUUUGAAAGAUGUUUGUCUUAUGUUUUUUCAGAAUUUUUCAUUUAUAAAGAUUACCUACAAUAAAAUAUAAUGGUGGGUUUCUGUUAGAAGUACAUUCAAAGUUAUUGCUAAUUACUGUCACAAUUAAUUUCUUAUCUUGAUGGAAUGACAUUUGUGGCCAGAUCUUCACUGAUUUUUAGCCCUCAAAUCAUUUUGAACUAAGUCCUUGGUUUUGAUGUGUAUUUUAGGCCAUUGAAUGUUCUAUCAAUAUACAAUAGUAUUACUCUGUAGGAAUAUUACCAUGUCAAAGGAAAUGUAUUAAAUUGUCUUAAAUUGCAGUAAAAAAUUUGAUGUGCUUUCUAGUUAAAAAAAAAAGAUGUCACAGUACUAUUUAAAAAGUGAGAUGACAAUAGGGUAUUAAGAUAACAAUAUAAACCAUUUAUAAUUGUUAUAAUUGUAUUGGGCAUUAAUAAUAAAAGCUGAAAACUUCAG